GAUUUUGAUAACAUAGAAACAAAGGAAAGGGAGAAUUAUGCAAGAAGUUCACUGCUGAUUGUUCAAUAUACAAAAGAUGGUCUUGCAGACUUAAUAGAGCUGAAUUUAAAAUUGACAGGACAUUCCUCAUUUCAAGACUUUAUUAAUCACUACCAGCAUGAUUUGUAUCAUCUCUGCUACAAUCAGGUCAAAUGUUGCCAAUGUUCAAGAAAUUAUAAGCUUCCACAGGAACAGCUAAUACAUCCAAAGCAACUAGAAGUGUUAUUCGACAAAUCCGGACCAAAAAAGGCUAAACAUAAUGCUUUUCGGAUAGGAGAUUUUUGUUGUUGCUUAGCUAAACAAAAAUUAUCAACAUCCGCACUUGAUGUUACACUCGCACGCUGCCUGUUGUUUUACUUUUGUGAAGAAGUGUUCUGGUAUAGUUCUUUAAAAUUACAAAAAACAACCUUAGAAGAGUUUCUCAAUCAAAAUAAGCAUACACUUUAUCAUUUGUACGAUACUUCAAGAAGAUGUUGUCAAUGUCCUCCUUUGUAUAAGUUUCCUUCUGAAACUGAAUUAAUAGACGAUUCUAAUUGGACAGAGCUCUUUAGUAAGAGAAGAAUGCCAUGUAUUCGUCAUAAAAAACGUCCUAUUGGUAAAAGAAACAUUUGUUCCGUUUCGGCAACACCUGGAAUUUUAGUGAGUCAUAUGGAUCCUACAAUUUCAAAAACAUUGCUAGAGCAUUGCUGUGCCCUUUGGAAAACAAUAGAAAAACUUAUAUUGAUUCGUGGUACAAUUUUUGCUGAUGUCGAUGAAGCUACGAUGCAUGAAAAUACAUAUCUGGAAUACAAAGCUUCUCUGGAGUAUGGAAUUGCAGUAAUGGCACGUGUGUGUAAUAAAGAACACGAGGUGACAGAGAAAUUAAAAAAUGCAGAAAAACGAAAGAUUGACGAAACAAGUAUGAUUACGACUAUAAAAAGACAAAUGUCUUGCACAGGAGCAAGCAGACUAACUGAGCAAUCUUCCCUUAGCAAACAAGUUAAUUUCAAAAGACAAAAGUUGAUAUUACGUAGAAGAUCCACUGUGGAGGCGUCAGAACAGACAGCCAGUCAAGAACAGACAGCCAGUCAAGAACAUACAGAAGGAACUAUUUAUCAACGACGAAUUAAAUCCGCCAAAAGAUCAAAGAUUAAGUCAUCAGAUGACACAGGAGUCUUGAAAGAUCCGAAUGAGACUGGAAGCAAUAUUAGAGAAAAGAGAUUGAAACUUACUGGUGGAAAGAAAACCUCUCGUAUAUCUUACAAUAUAACACCGAGCAUCUCAGAUACUAAAUCGACAACUGUUAAUGAUGACAUUGAAAUACAAGGAUAUCAAGGAGUCAAGAAUGAAGGAUUUUUCCAACUAAAUAUAGUAUGCGAUAAUAUUGCCGUGGACUGCAUUGUCGAUUCACGGCUAAAAAGAGAAUGUAGAAUAUCAGUGAAAGAAUUUAAAGGAUGCAAAGGGGACAUGAAUCAAUGGAGAGAAACAAAGACCACUUUUCUCGUGAAAGCCAAUGAAACAUUUCUUAAUUACGUUAAAAAAAAGAAAUCCUUGUUAUGUCAAUACUUUCUCAACCACAUUCCAAGUUACGCCAUUGAAAAUCGUAUCUUAGUAAAUGCACUAUAUUCAUCCAUUAGAAAUAAUGAUGUAGAAACAGCAAGAUUUGUCGGCUGGCAUAUUGCCAGAAGUUUUCUUGAAUGCGUUAAUUUACCCGUGUAUGAUAUUUGGUUAGCCUCUUUAUGCAAGUGCUUUAGACGAAAAACGAAACUUUGCUCUUGGUUUUGUUCUAUGAAUGUCACUAUCAUUGUCAUGGUACCUAAACUUAUCAAGGAAAUUGUAAAUAACUUUUCUGGAAUACCAGUUAAACAGAUUGUGUAUCAUUGUGAAAUAUUCAAAGAAGCGAGCGCUAUUUCUGAGGAAAGAACUAAAUUGUUAGGAAGAGAUCUAAAUAUUCAGUGUCACAUUCCAGGUCCAUUGGCAGAAAAGCUUUUCAACAACCAUAGACGACUAGCUCUUAUUUGUCCAUCUGAAAUAAAAUCCAUUAAUUUUCAAGAUAAGCCCAAAUUCCUUGUAAGUUCCUGUAUUCAACUGUAUUGCUAUGUAAAAGGUGCUAUUCCAAUUGGCGAAAAACAUUUCCCUAGUGAUUUACAGGGUAUACCAACGGAUGUCAUUGAAGGAUUUCCUAGGUUCUGUUCACAAAAGAUAAGAAUAGGCGACUCUGUAACCAAUUUAAAGGUCAGUGGUACAUUAGGAGGUUUUUGUCUUUUUUAUGGAAGACAGGCGCUUCUUACGUGUGCUCAUGCAAUGCUGGACUGGAAUACCCUGCUUUCAGCAGGACAUAAACACCAUAUGCAGCCGGAGAGUGUUCAUUUCGAAACUGGCGAUAGAAUGUUAAAUGAGACAUUGCAUUGUGGAAGGGUUGUAAAUCAUAGUUUUACUCAUGACAACCCACGAGAAACAAGUACAGAUGUAGCCGUUAUAGAACUCGACAAUGGGAUAUGUGUUUCAGAACAAGACUACGUUAACACAAAAGGAAAAAGGAAAAUCCAUUAUAGGGAAUUGGGGUUACAAUCUUGUAAUUUGCAUGAUGGUUACAUAAAGUCAUUUCAAGGUUUACCUGGAAGGAAUGUUGAAGUUGUUUGCGCAGGUGCCGUUUCAGAUUUUAAUAGUUCUAGUAACACUGUGACAGUAAUUAAAGUACCUGAAUGGGUAAUUGAACGAGAAAAAUUACAGUCUGCGUCGAACAAUCUUGCAAAUUGCAUUACUGAAAAUCUUCCAAAUCAAGUCGAUAUACCCGUUCACAUGCAAGUGCGUGCUAUUGUAUGUGCAGCGCGUGAAGAAGAAGUAAAGUCACAAAGAACAUUACGAUUUUAUAAUCAACUAGCAGUUAGCAACAUACCAUUUCAACAAGGAGAUUCAGGUGCCUGUGUUUAUAUAACAGACGGAUACAUUGAAUCCGGUUGCCUAGGAAUGGCAAUAGCCGAUUAUCCUGGGGGUGGAUGCAUAGUGACUCCUAUGGCUACUUUGCUAGAAAAGUUAGGCUUAAUUUGAAUCCAUUGAUUCAAGUAAACAGGAAUCAUUUAAUACAAGUAGUUAGAAUUUAUUUGCAUCCAUAAAAUCGGUCAAGAAAUUACCAUCAGCUGCGAAAAAAUAGAUUGGUUUGAACUCGUGAUUAACUUCAAUUGUUUUUUGUUUUUUUUUGUUUGUUGCUUUAUAUGACAGCGCUAAAUAUGAAAUAAACAGCAAUUCAUUUAAGAAAAACAUUCAUAGUCAAAAGAGCAAAUAGUUAGUAAAUGCAUAUAAAAGUAUAUUUAUUCAGAUACAUGCUUUUAAUAAACAUGACGAAAUGCAUUUUUUUCUUUCGAUUACUUUUGACAAAAAAGGCUAAAUAAAACCAGAUGAGUUUUUUGGCUCCUUACAACAUAGAAGUAAAUUCAAAAGAGCCUCAUGGUAAUUCAUUUAAUUGUAUAUGAAUUGUGAAGAUUAAAAAACAAUGCUUUUAUGGAUGGCAAUUGUUUUAUUCUAUGUUUCAAAAUUUAAAUGCACCUUCAUAGAAAUCAACAAACCUUACCUUCAUUCUUAAAAAACUAAAAUAAUCAAACUAUGUAUUUUCCUUAUAUGUCAUUUAACUAUAAAUGGCCUUCUUUACAUCAAACCUUGAAUGUCAAAUGUUCAGCGUAACCCUUGCUAUGUUUCAAUUGUCUUCAAAAGCGUUGAGACUUUAAACAUUUGAAAGACUAGAUUAUCACACGAAUUUUAUGUAGUACUUCAUUUAUUUUCUACCAGUGAAGGAGAUAACAAAUCGCUUUAAAUGCACGUUCUUUAGUUAUUUAAGAGAUCAUGUAAAUAUAUUAAUAUUAUCAACUCAUUAAUCCAUGAGUUCUUAAUGAUGUUUUGAAAGAGUUUUGUGUGACUUUUUGAUGAUGAUUUUAGCUUUGGUAUAAAGAAUGUAAUUUAUCUCAUUUGACUGGACUUUAAUGAAUGUUGUAUGAUUAUUUUAAGUUUUAACUUAAAGUGUAUAUAUCUAUUAGCAGCUCAUUUUUAUUGUGUAUUGUACUGUAUAUAGCAUUUUUUGGACUUUGUUGGAAACACAUUCAGUAAUGAUAGUAAGUUAGGAAAAUCAUAAUGCAUUUUAUUAUUUUCCCCACAGGUUUCCGAUAUACUUGCGAGCAUUUUAUCUGAGGCAUGCAAACUAUUGAAUGAAAAAAGAGGACAAUUUAGAUACAUCCGUCUUCUCAAAUAAAAUCUUAUUAAAAGUGUGCUACAUAUAUAUACAGGGAACCUGAAUGGGCCAUGGUUGAUAACAUUAACUGACAGGUUCACACACAAUAAAGGAAAAAAAGGCAAGGACAAAGGACAUCCGAAUAAACGAGGAUGUUCUUUAUAGGGGUGUAUGCAUAUAUAUAGACACUUUGUGUGCAAAAUUGUGUAAAAAGUGAACAUAGUGUAAAAAGUGAACAUAGUGUAAAAAGUGGUAUAUAUAGUGAAUAAUUGUAUAGUAUAUCGGUACAUAGAUGUGUUGAUUUUUUGUAGACAUUUACUGUUUUAAUUUAAUUUUAUAUUUGAUUUAACAAGGAUUACGUUGAUUUUUAUGACAACAACGUUUUAUAACUCCUUAUAAUUAUCAAUCUCCCAUACAGAUGGGAGAUUGUAUAAUUAUAAUGAGAUUAAUGUAUUUUUACUAAAAAGUUGUAUGCAAAUACCAUCGAUCAUUUGAUGAAUUUUUAGUAACAGAAUUAUUUUAAAUUAUAUCACGCAUCCCAAGGAAGAGGUCCGGUAAGGGCUUAUUUUGGCCUAAAAUUGAAGUACAUCUGAUGAAAGAUUUUAGACAUUUUUUAAACACUUAAGUGUCUACUUCAGUCGAUUCAAUAAUUUAUGUAAAAUAUUUGAACUGAUUUGUUGAUUAAAGACGCUCAAAUUCAAGAUUAAUAUAGAAAAUCUAUCAAAUAUGCCAUAAAACGUCACUUUUCAGAUGUUUUUUUUUUGUGUCUAAAAUGUAAGUGGCCGCAUCGUGUUCAGUCUCAACCCUUAUAUAUGUUAUGCAUUAUCAUCAAAUAUAACAUAUAUCUAAAUAUUAAGACUGAACACAAGUGCGGCAAGUUCCAUUUUAGACAAAAAUUGUCUAAAAAUUAGCACAAAAGCUAAAAUUGUAAAGAUUUCUGUAAUUUUGCAUGAAUUAAUGAUGCAAGUACCUUGUGCAUGUGCAUUGUAUUGUCUAAAACAACCCAUAUUUUUUUUUUCAUUUUUAUGUAACAAAAGUAUUCUACUUUCAAUAAAUAGCUAAAAGUUUA